AUGCCGGGUCACGCGUUGCUGGAAGUCACUGGAUCGGCACAAUCAACUCUCCAGGCGGCCCUGGACGCCCUAGGCCAGCGUGCAGUAGCGUCAGAGCAGAGGGAUGUGCCUUCCAAACGCGACGUGGUCGCCGCGGCGGAGCGCGUGAAAAGCGAUGCCGCGAAAGUUGGUGUGAUGUGCGGCGAGGCCGGCGCCCCGUCGCUCGCUCCCGACGUCGCCGCAUCGCUCGUCGGCGCGCUGCAGCAGUCGUGCCUCGUGCUGUGCGCAGCGUUCUACGCGCUGAGCGGCGCCGCGGCCGGGGCCACGCUGCGCAAGGACGUCAAGAAGCUGGCUGGUGGUGUAGUGCAGCCCUGCAUAGGCCUGCUCAGGGCCAUGGAGGGCGGAGGGGACUUGAAGCGCGCGAUUGGCAAUGUGUGGGGCGGCUGCGACGCGGUGGCCAAGGCUGCGCUGGACAACAAGGGCGCGCUGUUCAAGGCCCUGGCCGGGGUGAUGGCCGUGCUCAAGGACACCCUGCGGGAGAUGCAAGAGCUGGAGGAGGGGGACGGCGGCGGCGGCGGCGGCAGCGGCUACGAGAGUGACGACGACGCCGGCAGCUCAGAGGCCGGCGCCGCGGCAGGCGGGGCGUCCACAGCGGGCUCUGCCUGCCGCGGCGGCGGCGGCAGCGGUGGCAGCGGCGGCGCCGCCAGCGCACAAGGUGGCGGCGGAGCAAACGGCGACGCAGCGGCGGUCGUUGGUGCCGGGGAUACAAGCGGCAGGUUGCACAACCUGCGCGAGCUGGCAGACCUGGAUUUCGAGGCCGGAGAGCUGAGCGGACGGGAGCGCGAGCUGCUGAGCAGCUGCCGGGCGCUGAUGGAGUCCGCGGCCGCGGUGGUGAAGGCCUUUGGGCGCGCUCUUUUGCAGGAGUCCGCCCUGACGGCAGGCGUCAGCGGCCCCGGCGGCGGUGAGGCGCUGGAAGGCUGGGAGAGCAGCCUCUUCCACGCUCGCAACCUGCAGCGCUGCGUGGAGGACCUGGGUGCUGCCAUGUACCCCCCGCAGGAUGCAGAGGAGGUGUCGAGCGCCGCUGACGGCGUAGCCACCACCAUUGAGCUCAUGAUUGACGAGUGCCCUGCCGCCGAUGCGGUGGGGGGCGAGCUGGCGGCGCUGGGGCGGCAGCUGGCUGAGGCGCGGGAGAGGGUGGAGCGCGCCGCGGUCGCAGCGGCGGCUGCGCCUGUGGGCGAGGGCGGAGCCCAAGCGGUUGCUGGCACCUGA